GACGUAUUUGACGUUAUGCUCUGCUGCGUCCUCUCUGGUGCAGGGGGGUUUCUAUAAUGGCGUCGAUGCAGAAAAGGCUACAGAAGGAACUAUUAGCUUUACAGAAUGAGCCACCCCCUGGAAUGACAUUAAAUGAGAAGAGUGUGCAGAACACAAUAACACAGUGGAUUGUAGAUAUGGAAGGAGCCCCCGGUACACUGUAUGAAGGAGAAAAGUUUCAGCUUCUAUUCAAAUUCAGUAGUCGAUAUCCUUUUGAUUCACCUCAGGUUAUGUUCACUGGUGACAAUAUACCUGUCCAUCCUCACAUUUAUAGCAACGGUCACAUCUGUUUAUCCAUUUUAACAGAAGAUUGGUCUCCAGCUCUGUCAGUGCAAUCAGUCUGUCUUAGCAUUAUCAGCAUGCUUUCCAGUUGCAAAGAAAAGGUAAGAAUUGUAGAAUUUUUCCAAAUACAUCAGUAAAUUGAAGAUAUCGAACAUAUGUCAUAUGGAUUUCAGAUUUUCAACAUAUGGAGUUCAUGUUUUAAAGCAUACAG